UUAUUAUUGUACAAUUCUCUAAAUGCAUGAAAAAUUAUUCCUUUAAGUUGCAUUUAUUUUUAUCAAGAUCUGUUUUUGAUAAGAAUUGUAAUAUCUAUGUCAUCUGAGAGAAAUUCUGAGCUUGUGGAUGAAAUUGCUAUAGUUUCUUCAGCGAAAUGAUUGACCCAAAAUCAUUCAAUGAUUUCACACUGGAAAAUUCUAUGUCUGACAGUUUCACUCAAUGGACUAACGAUAGCUUGCAGCUUCCUCAUUCAACUUCUAUGUUAGAAAAUUCUCCGAAUUCGACUAAUGAUACGUCAGAACUACCUCACUCUGAAUGCAGAAAGAUGCCGUCUUCAAAAUUUGCGCAGUUUUUCAAAUUAAAUUCUUGGCCGUUACAUUUAGAUACAAAUAUUAAAACUGCGAGCCAUGAAAAACCACUGGAAGGAAAAAGUAGUGAUAUUGAUCCAUCAUCAGUUCUAGAUUUACUGCAGCGCGCGAUCGAAAUAUGCCUUCACACUGCAUGUGAAGAUCAUGAGUAUGAUUUAUUAAUGAGGGAUUUCGGAACUGUGGAAGUAAUACAUUUUAGGAAAAGUGGUCCAAAUUUUGCUAAGCGUAAUUUUGAUUUUCAUGUCUACGCUCCUGCAGCUUUUCGUUUUUUUCGACAAUUGUUUGGCAUAACCACAGAACGCUUUUUAACAUCUCUUUGCGAAGCACCUUUGGCUGUUAGUAAUGCAAACGGCAAGAGUGGUAGUAAGUUUUACACAACAAUGGACAGUCGGUUCAUAAUUAAAACUGUAAACCGUAAAGAUAUUGACUUUUUGAUUAAUCUCCUCCCAGGUUAUUAUCUGAAUUUGACGCAACGAAGAAAUACAUUUUUGCCGAAAUAUUUUGGAUUAUAUAGUUACGUUCGUGGUCAUAAGCAAAUAAGAUAUUUAGUGAUGAAUAACUUAUUGCCUCCAAAUAUCAGUUGUCAUGAAAAGUACGACCUGAAAGGUGCAACUUACUACAGAAGAAAAAUUUCAUACACAGAAAAUGAUAACUAUGAAAGGAAUGCUAAUGUAGCUCAUUGUAAAUUACGCGGAGUUUCAAUCACAUUCAAAGAUUUAGAUUUUCGAGAAAAAUGGCCUUUUGGAUUUUACUUGAAACAGAAAGUUUAUAAAAUGUUGAUGAGUUCCAUUGAAAAGGAUUGCAAGGUACUUGAAAGUUAUGAAAUUAUGAAUUACAGUCUUUUGCUUUUUAUUCAUAUUCCUGAUCAGAAUUCUCAAACUUUUAGAAAAAAUUCAAAAAUAUCUUCAGUGGGAAGUGUUGCAUUUCCUGAAAAUUUAGUAUCAUCGAAACUUUCUGAAGAAUUCAUUCUAAAUACGACUGGUCCUUUUGAAGCAUGCUCUAUGAGGGGUGAAAGAGUAUUCUUGUAUAUGGGUAUUAUCGAUAUCCUGCAAAGCUACCACUGGAGGAAGAAGUUAGAGCAUAGCUACAAAGCUAUCUUAUUCUCUAGUAGCAUAAUUUCAGUUAACAAACCUAAGUUUUAUUCUGAAAGAUUCCAGAAUUUUUUGAAACAACACGUGUUCAAAUGUAUUCCAGAAUGGCUACUGAUUAAAGAUAAAAAAUUGCCAGCAAGAAGACAGCAAAGGAAAAACAAAUAAAUUACUAAAAUAGAAAGGAAAUUGUUUUCCUUUGUGAAGGAAACUUCAUCGAAAUGUUUUAGUUUUAAUUUGUCAUAUAUACGAAAAUUGCAACUCUGAAUUUAUAUUUAAAGUUAUUUUACCGUAUUUUAUUACUGUAUAUAUAUUUAAAAGGUGAUAUUUGAUAAACAACUAUUGUACAGCCCUUUGAAAGUUGCAGUAUUUUAAUUCUGUAUUAGUAUAUUCUCUUGCA